CUUGAACUCACUAUGUAGCCCAGGCUGCCCUGGAACUCAUGGAGAUCCUCCUGCCUCAGCCUCCCGAGUGUUGGGAUUACAGGAGAAAGAUGUACAAAUUUAUUAUAGAAGAGGGAAAAUCACAGGAGUGUGUUCACCUACUAUCUCAACAUAAUCCAGAAAUUUACAUAUCCUUUUUCUACAGGGGUUUGGGGAAUAAGGAAUUUCAGGGAGCUAAUCAAUGGCAUGUUAGGGCCUGGAGAACACAAUGGCCUGGGACAAAGUCUGUGUGGCUCAUAGAACAGGUGAAGGUUGGUAAAUGAUUCCCCUUGGGACCAGAAUAGAAGACAAUGGCAAGUGAGGAAGCCUCUCCAGGUGGGCUGGCAGGCUUCUGUCUUUCUUCCUGUGAGUUCAGUGACUGGAAGCUAAAAAAAACUAGCAGAGAUAAUUGUUUGGUGGGCUUGGACUUUGGGCAGAGAAGGGAAUUGAGCAGAAUUUCUCUCCCUGACUGAGAUUUUCUUUAUUUACAAUAAAUAUACGUAAUGGCAUUAGCGAUUAGUUAUGUACAGUUUAUAUACAGGUGAACUAUUGUUUAGCCUCUCAACAACUCAUGUGGAUGGAGUUGUACUGCAAAUUGGUCCUUGGCUUCAAAAAUAUAUAUAUAUAUCUAUUGGUUUUUUGAGAAAGGGUCUCACUAUGCAGUUCAGGCUGGCCUUGAACUCACUUUGUAACCCAGGCUGGCCUCGAACUCGCAACGAUCCACUUGCCUGUCUUCUGAAUGCUGGGAUUACAGGCAUGCACCCCCACACCUGGUUUUAGCCUCAAUAUUGCCCUGUUUCUCAAUUUUAAAAUGUGAAAAAUCAUCUCCUCUCAUCUUGCCUAUUACCAAAAUAGUUUCCAAUACUGUCUCAUCUCUUCUACAAAAGGACCAGAAGUGACACCAGGUUUGCCAUCCCUGCUUCCCACAGCACCCUACGUACCGACACAGGAUCGGGUGUGGGAGCUGCGAUGCUCCCAUGAGUGCCUCGCCCAUUUGGCCCUGUCCUGGGAGGAGACAGUAUUGGAUAGCAUUCUCUUUUCCAGAAUGAUCACUGUGUCUGCUUUCCCUGGAGCAUCCCUUCCUUCUGCUCUGGAAGUUCUCCAACAUCUUGACUGCUGGGGUUGAGCCCACCAGCCCCCCACUGAGCCUCCUAAUUCUCUCCUCACAGGGGCUUCUCCAUGUGUGCAGCUCUGACAAAGGCUUGCCAGGGAUUCAAUCCUGUUUGCCAGUGUACCUGGUGGAAUUUUUUGGGUUCAAGAAUUGAACUCAGAUCCUUGCUCUCGCCAGGGGAUCGAACUUGGGCACUUGAGAGUCAGGCACUGGAACCACUGAGCUAAAUCCCCAGCCCUCAAAUUGGCUUUUUAAAGCAACCCAAUCCACUUCCACUGGCCAGCCCCCGGGACCAGCCCUGCCCACCAGGCCCAUGCUGCUGCCAGGGCUCCUCGGUCUCCUCUGGAUGCUCAGGGCCCCCCUGGGGGCCACAGGAACCGUGUCGGUGAUCUCUAACUCUCCCUCCCCUGGUACAGAAGCAGCGCACACUGCUCUCAGCUAUGCCCCAAGCACCAAAGCAGCAACACAGCGGCCACCUGGUUCCCCUGCUCCUGCCAACAGGGAAAACACAACCAUGCCUCUCACCAUGGCCACUCACCUUAAACCCGCUUCUGAAACACUGCUCAGUUCUCGGGUCCAUCUGGAUGCCUCAACAACCCCCAAAUUUGUCCUGAAGGUUGAAACCACUCCCCCUACCCUCUUGGUCUACACACCCACCACUGAGUGUGUAAAUUCCCCCAGGCUGGGAGUCACGUCCAUCGGCCCCACCACUCCCUGUGUGCCCCGGACCCCUGUGCCCCACUCUGGCUCUUCUUAUACUGUGACUCUUGGGACAGACAAGCCAGCGACCACCACCACCAGCCCUACCCCCAUAACCUCUUCUCCCACUGUGGAGGACCCACCCUCCCCUUCAGCCCCGCUCACAGACACAACCCACGAAGCUUUAACCUCUACAGCACGGGCCACAGAAAGGACCCCGCUGCCCCCAGCUAGUGUCCACAUGGUGUCUCCGAUCCCGGGAACUACCUCUGUGUCUGCUGCUAUCUCUUCUUUAAGUCCUACAAAACCCAUCUCAGUCACUGCUAGCACAAAUACAGAAGGAGGCCUCUCUACUCCAGUCACCCCUGGAACACCAGCUACUAUGGCUGUACACACCCCAACACUCACUACCACCAGCAUAUCCUCAGCAACCAGAUCUACAGAACCACCUUCAACCACAAGGGCAACAGGUCAGAUGACAGUCGCCACCCCUAGUGCAACAUACACUGGACAAACCACACUUAUGCCCACCCCUGACUUUUCCACAGCACCUCUCAGGGCAGAAAGUACCAUUAUUCCACCGAUUGCUUCUUCAGUCACCCCCACAAACGCACUGCUUGCUGAGAUAUCCGACACAUCUCCUCCUAUGACCAGGAGGGAGACACUGUCUUUCAUAUCAGAACCAGCCUCCACUGGUACCACACUCACCACCCCUCUAUCCACCUCGGUUCCCACAUUCCCAACCUCUGAUUCCAGCUCCACAGCUACAUCUGAGGUCAGCUCCUCCAGCUCUCCCACCAGCGCAGUCUCACACUCCGCUUCUGAUAUCACCUCUCCUACCACCACGGCAGAUACAACCACCACUGUCCCCUCUACCGCACCCACCUGGUCCUCUCAGCUCACCUCAGAAGCUGGCAUCACUGGUACCACACUGUUGGUAUCCGCAGCCGCCCCAUUGGCCUCUCACAGCACGCCCAGCCUCACAGAUUCAAGCAGCCACUCCACCUAUGGCGCGUCCACAGCUGCCGCCUCCUCACCCCCCACCAGCUCGGGAGCCACGGAGACCUCCACAUCCGCAACCCCGCCUUCACUCAGUACACACGUCCCCCCCAUCACAACCACAAGUGUCCCCACCUCCUCCCUGGGCAGCACCAUUCCGCUGACUGCCAGCACGGGCCGCACCUCCAGCCCCACGGCUUCCAGUGCUGCAGCCACCCACGAUCACACCAGCCCGUCCUUCCCCACCGUGCAUGGCACACAAACACCUCAGCCCAGUGGCACAGGCCUGACCCUGACUCCAGGCGGGACAACUUCUCUCACAAGUGCAGGAAGCACAAGUUCCCAUGCCACUACUAUUCCAAUUACACCCGACACAUCAACUUCAACCUCUGUAUCUCCUCCUGUAUUGACCUCUGUCUCACAGACACCGAGUUCUCCUGUACCCAUGGGCUUUCCUGCUGGAACCAGGGAUUCCUCUCCUACUUCGUCCUUUCUUACUCGGACUCCAUCACUACCCCUCAGCACUCUCACAUCAACGUCGGAUGUCCUUGUCACAGAUACCAGCUUGUCCACUCCUAAGGCCUCUGUAUCCACUCCCAUUUUUCUGACCUCGCUCACUUCUUCAAGUGAGUCCAGCGCAGAAUCUUUCACUCAGGGAAGCACAUCUGCACAUGCCGCGAUCACCUCUUUUGGCACUCUGAUCCCUUCAACUCCAUCUGUUAUAAUGUCCUCUCCUCCUCCUUCCACCAGCAGCGACCCAGUGCUCACUACUACCACCACCUCUGUCCCUGUCUCCCCCCAUACGUCCCGCACAGACUAUACAGGCUCUUCUUCCACCACAGCUUUCCCUCGCCUGUCUUCAUCUACAACCACGACAAUGUCUCCAGCCAUCUCCUCACCUGCCACAACUCUCACUGAAACAACUCCCUUUUCUCAUAUUUCCCUUCUUCCCACCACACCCUUCCUAGGAACUGUCACCAUUACAAUAGUCCCUACCACUUCCGCAACUCCAUAUGUUGGAGUGGAUCCCAAUACCAUGGUUACAUUGACUCCCACAAUGCCAUUCUCAGUUUUCCCCUCUACUACCGAUAUGGUCACCAUUCCUAGCUCUCCCAGCGAAAGAACCAUCUUUCCUACAUAUGUGGACACCACUACUUCCAGGACUCCAGAAACUGAGCCCGCCCACAUCACAACUGGUGCUCCUAGCUCUCCCAGCGCUGGGACAGUGCCCAUGAACACGGCGUUGACCAGUGGCCAGACACCCAGUGAGAACUGGCUGAGCAGCAAGUCUGUCACCACCCCGAGUAUGGCUGGCUCCACCGUGAAACCGAGCAGCAACCUUCCAACGGUCACGACUUCCAGCAAGCUGACACACCCUACCCCUCCCACCACCUGGAGUCCAGGGACACCAGUGGCCACCACGCAGACUCCUACCACCAUUACAUCACCAAGAACAGCGUCAACCCCUACUCGGAUGACCACAGUAUCAAGACUGACCACCACCCUAGGCACCUGUGAAAAUGGUGGCACCUGGGAACAAGGCCAUUGCACUUGCCCCCAGGGUUUUUUUGGGGACCGCUGUGAGCACUUGGAUAAGUGCCAGAAUGGGGGAAUGUGGGAUGGCCUCAAGUGCAUCUGCCCCAGCACCUUCUAUGGCUCCUUCUGCGAGACUCCGGUGGAACAGAUAGAAGUAGACACAGUGGAGGCCGAAGUGGGCAUGGAGGUGUCUGUCGACCAGGAAUUCUCUGCAGACCUCAAAGACAACACUUCCAUGGCCUACAGAGGAUUCAGCAACCUCUUCCAGAAUCAGAUGAAGAAGAUUUACAAAACUGUGGCGGGGUUCCAAGAUGUGGAGAUCCUGUCCCUGAGGAAUGGCAGCAUCGUGGUGGACUAUUUGGUCCUGUUGAAGUUGCCCUUCAGCUCCCAGCUGGAGAGUGACUAUGAGAAGGUGAAGACCGCCCUCAAGGAGGAGCUCCAGAAUGUCAGCCAGAGAGGGGACAGCUGCCAGGAUAACCAGACCCUGUGUUUCAAGCCUGGCUCCAUCAAGGUGAACAGCACCAUCCGGACAGAACUGAACCUGCAAGCCAUCUGCCACAGAGCAGCCCCCAAGGGCUACGAGGAGUUCUACUUCCCCUUGGUGGAGGGGAACCGGUUCCGCUGCGUCACCAGUUGCGCUCCGGAUGUGGACGGUGCCCUCGACUGUAACCAGGGCCAGUGCUUUCUGGGGAAGAGUGGGCCCGCUUGCCGCUGCUUCUCCACCGACAAGUAUUGGUUCUCCGGCCCGCGUUGCGAGGUGGCCGUCCACUGGAGGGCGCUGGUCGGGGGGCUGGCGGGGGCCGGCGCGCUGCUCCUGCUCCUGCUGCUGGGGGUGCUGAGCUGGGUGACGCGGUCCCGGAGGAAGGACAGGCGGUCCAGGGCCGAGGACAGGGAAUGGUUCGAGGCCUGGGAUGACGACACCGUGGGGACUUUCGCCAACAUGGGCUUUGAGGACGACAGGACCGUCAAGGACGCAAACUUCCAAGUGGUUUUGCAGACAGUGGACCCCAGUGUGCAGGUGCACACCCCGAGGCCUGAGGUGACCUGGUCUUCGUUGUGAGCCUUCUACCUUCCCAGGACAGCAGGAGUGAGCCAUCUUCCAGGUCCCUGCAAAAAAUACUUCCAGGGCCUCAGCAGCCCACACUCCCGGUGUCCUUGGGCAAAUGGAGACUGUCCCCUUGACCUCCAUCCUUCUCCCAACUUGGCUGAAACCCACCCAGAGACCCAGUUCACAUCCAGGGUCUUCCAUGGUGGGACCUUGAGCGAGUCAGUGCCUUCUCCCGCUUCUGUUUCCUCACCUUGAAAACGGGUAUGACACGCUUGUCCUGAUACCUCAUGCAGUUACUGUGAAAACCGCUGUUUGGCCAGUUCUCUGUCCGUGUCCACCCUCCUGUCUCAGCCCACGUGUUUACAUUGUCCAUUGGGCUCUCACACCCUCAUCUCUGGGGCUCGGUCUUAGGCCACGGUUCCUAUUUUCCUGUUUGCACCCUGUUACCAUCCUAGUGUUGCCUGUUCUCACCCUGAGCCUGUGGCCCGCCUGCAGCCUGUCCCACCCCUCCUCCCUUAUAUAACUCUUGCUGGGACCCUGACUCUCCUUUAAGUCUUUCCCUCUUCCAAGCCAGUCCCUUAAGUCAGUCCCCUCCCCAACCCUAUGGCUCCCUGGAUUUCUGUGUCCCCUUCCCACCCUCGUACCCUCAGCUCAGAAUCCUGUCUCCUCCCCACACCCCUAUGCUAGAUAGGUGCAGGUCUCUCGGUAUCUUUGGCUCCCCCAGCCUGCACCCCCAGCCGUAAGUACCACUUUGAGGCUCCACUGGGCCUCCCAUCCCUCAAAGGCCCUGGACCCACAUGGACAGGGGAAGCAUGAAUUUCCCCAGGCCCCCGGGGACGAAGGGAGGUGAGGCCCCUCCUCAUUGCCCUCACUCUCCUUCCCUCCUGCCUCAUCCCCACCCUAACCCUUCCACCCUCUCCUACUCCCCGAGAGCUCUAUCACCCCCCUCCCUGCGGUGCUCAGCCUGAAGCCUCAGCCGCCUUUGCCAGUAAGAUCAGGACAGAGUUGGCAAGUCAGCAGCUCCUCAUGCAAGCACAAUAUAGCACUCGCUGUAAAAGAGACUGCUCUGUGUCUCUCUCCUUUUCUCCUGGGGGUCUCCACCUGGCUGGAGAACUGGGACUUCAGACAAAAGAGAUGUCAGAUGUCAGAGGGCCCAGGAAGCAACCCUUUCUCCUAGGGAGGGGCUUAGGGUCGUGGUUGUACAAGGGCUGAUCAAAAAAUAUUCGAUGUAAAACAAAACAAAAAAAUGCGAUGUAUAUUUAAA